UGUGCCGUGUUGUGCAUCACACAGCAUUUAUACAUCUACGAAACCGGUUACAUCAAAUGCAGGAUCGUGUAAGGUGCCAGCAGCUGCAGCGCCACCACAUUUGCUGAAACACUGCAGCAACACUUCGAACGAAACGAGAACCGAACGAACUUAUUUACACGGCGAUGACGAAUUCACUACCUUGGUAAUGAAUCGUACUGGCUGCCGUGAUGGGGCUAUGGCAACCGAGGCGUUAAUCGAAAGUUCUGGCGAUAUGGAUCAGGCAGUGGAUUACCUUCUUUCAAUUGCAUUAUUUGUUGGCUCCGGUGAUGAAGAAAAUCUUUCCAAAACUAUCAGUCAAAACACCAUGGAUAUGUCA